GGACACCGAAUGGGUCGGAACCAGCGGCUUCCGUCCAAAAUCCAGGGAAAGCCUAUCCUCCGAUUCCUUGCGACUGUCUCUUGUUGGUUGUUAGUUAGUUAGUUUAAGUAGGCUUUAUCUGAAUUUUGUCGGGAAUGAGGAAUCGAGCCAAGUUGCUGGUGGAGGGAGUAUGGGAUACGAUGGGAUACACUUUUCUGGCAGCCCUGAUUGGUUGCACUACACGAAAGCCGGACACUUGCGAUGUUGCCAUUUUAUUCUCAGCAUGGCUAGGUAUUAAAGUAGGCUGUGCCACCAUUGUGGAGGAACGGCAUUCACAAGUGAUUCCUACCGGUACCUGAAUAUAUCGAGGAUGUCGAAAGCAAUAGUAUUUGUAACUGGGAACGCAAAGAAACUGGAGGAAGUCGUGGCUAUUUUGGGCAAUAAUUUUCCAAUAAAAAUUAUCAGCCAAAAAAUCGAUCUCCUGGAAUAUCAGGGAGAGAUGGAUGAUAUUUGCCGAAACAAAUGUCGAGCAGCAGCGGAAUUAAUAAAAGGCCCAGUCAUUGUCGAGGACACGUGCUUGUGUUUCAAUGCGAUGAAAGGAUUACCUGGACCUUAUGUUAAAUGGUUCUUGGAUAAAUUAGGACCGGAGGGACUCUACCAAAUGCUUCACGGUUGGGAAGAUAAAACAGCGGAGGCAGUCUGUACUUUUGCUUAUUGCCCAGGCGAACCGGAAGAUUCGAUUCUGUUGUUCCAAGGUAGAACUCAAGGAACUAUUGUGAGUCCUCGGGGUACGCGAGAAUUUGGCUGGGAUGCGUGUUUCCAGCCUUUAGACAGCGAUAAAACCUAUGCAGAAUUACCGAAAGAAGUGAAGAAUAAAAUUUCUCAUCGUAGCAAAGCGCUAGAGAAACUGAAGGAGUAUUUUAUGAACAAUGUAACACAGUAGAUUAAUAAAUUCCUCUUUGCGGCAGUAUUAUACUGUAUAUCCAUAAUUUACUUCAUUUUAUGUUUCUGUGUAUACAGAUUGUCAAUGAAGCAAAUUCAAAAAUGAACCUGUCCAAAAUUUUUUGACUACUUUUCCUUUUUAUUUGUAACAUAACGAGAGUUUCCUCCAAAUUUUUUUUGUGGGAGGCCCCGAUAUUUUUACCGCUUACGGCCCCCACUGGUCUCAAUUCGCCGCUGUGUGUAUAUUAAUUCUCGAUCUCUAAACCGGAGGCAUUUGCAUCCUAAUGUUUUGGCGUUGUUUCGUCUUCUCGUGUAUUGAACUUUCCUUCUAUCUUCCAAAACAAGUUGUAGCCAGAUAAGCUUAUUACGAUAAUUUUAAUUCACGAUAUUCGAAGACGCUGUUUUAUCAAAAUUUUCUUCAAACCAUCACCCACUGAAAAACGCAUGUCACGAAUAACACGGAUUUAAAUCAUAAGAAUAUCAAAGAAACGCCUACAAAUAAAGAUUAAAAAUAUUUGUAAAAUAAUGAGAUUAGAGAAAAUAAACACUGUUUAAAACA